AGGACCAGGACUGAAGAACUCUGUAACUCUCCAGGACCAGGACUGAAGAACUCUGCUAUAAUAGAAUAUUUAGAUGUAAUAUUGAAACCUGUCUAUCUUGUCCAUCUUCUCCAGAUGAUGCAUAUUUGCUGAUGGGCCUGAACAUCGAGGAGAUUUACCCAGAAACCUCUAGUUUUAUCACAUAUGACGGGUCGAUGACCAUCCCGCCUUGCUUUGAGACGGCCACGUGGAUCCUGAUGAAUAAGCCAGUGUACAUCACACAAAUGCAGAUGCACUCCUUACGACUGUUGAGUCAGAACCAGCCGUCUCAGAUCUUCCUGAGUAUGAGCGACAACGUUCGCCCGGUCCAACCUCUGAACAACCGCUGCAUCCGGACCAACAUCAACUUCAGCAUGCAGGGCAAAGACUGUCCCAACAACAGGGCCCAGAAGCUCCAGUACCGAGCCAAUAUAUCUGGGCAACUGCUGCACAAAAUGUGAAUUUUACACCUGAAGCGUAAAUACAGUGAGGGCAAGAGUGAAUGAGUGGCUGCUAAAAUAGUCUCCCUUGGAUGAGCACAGAAACAAGAGUCAAAGACAGACAGAAAGAGAGAGAGAGGAACGAGAGAAGGAAGUAAACAACUGGAGUCCGACCAAGGCUGCAUCCCAUCUAAGAUUAUUUCAUGGCAUUGUAAAAAGAGAAAAAAGAAACUGAACAUAACCAAGUAAAAUACUUUGCGUUGCUUUGCAAAGAGACUACUACUUUUCAUACGUACAUCGACAACUAUUUGUCCAACACAUGCUAACUAACACACCCAGUACAAAUAUAUCUAUUACGAAACCUGUUUUGAUACUGAUACUUUUUUGGGAGAUAAAAAAAAAAAGUUGAAAACAUACAAAAACACGGAAGCAUUUCUUUCGUAAAUCCUCUUCACAUGGACUGAGUGGGACUUUUAGCCUUUGUACAUAGACACCUUGCUACCAGGGGGAUCUUAAGGACUUAUUAAGACACUGCCCCUAGUGGUGCAGACAGAGAAGGUAUGCAAGGCUCAUAGCUGUAUCGUCAUCACCGUCACCUACAAGGCAUGCCGACUGCAACAACCCAAGAGAGCGAGACCUUACAUUCUUGCCUUGUAACAGUAGGUCAUUACAAAAGGAAAAACGGGAAAGGAGCUUCUGUCUAAGGGAUGAACCGAUGCGUGUCUCGGCCUUUGUUGUACAUAGUAUAAUUAUCAGUACUGCUGAAAAACCGAAUAUGUAAAGAAAAAUACAAAAACAUUAAAAAAAUAUAUUAAGAGGAUUAAAAAAAGAGAUGACAAAACUUGAGUAUUUUAAACGCUUGGCACACUGAAUUCUGGAAGCAGUUCUGAGCUGAAGCCUUUUCUUUCAGUUUUAUUGUUUACAAUGGUCAUACACUGUGUUUGAGUAAUGUUAUCAGCCCAAUAAAUGUGUCUGGAAAGUUCACUUUGGAAAAUA